AUGCUUUACACGAGUCAGGGUGAUAGUGAAAGUGCAGUGACUUCCAGUGAACUGCCGAUCCCAUCCUAUCCAACCCGAAGUCUCAACUUUCUGAAGGCGUUGCCCAGAACAGGAGGGAGCGCCAAGGCAUCUUGCGAAAUCAACAACCUAAGUCCUUCUUCACUCGCUCUGAAUGUCUUAGUCGUGGGUGCUGGUCUCGGCGGCCUAGCCGUCGGGAUUGCGCUGGCACGAAAAGGUCAUGCGGUCACUAUAUUCGAGCAAGCGCCUCAGAUGGGUGAGGUUGGUGCCGGCAUACAAGUACCGUCCAAUGUCAGCAGGCUGCUCUUACGAUGGGGCCUGGGGCCUUUACUCGACGGCAAAGUUGUCGAGCCGAAGGAUAUAUCUUUUCGGCGUUGGAAGAAUGGCAACGUCAUUGGCUAUACGAACUUGGUUCCUCACUUUCACGACACAUUCGGGGCUCCGUACUACGUCGUUCACCGGGCUCAUCUCCACGAAUCAAUGCAAAGAUUGGCCAGGGAGCUUGGUGUUAGAAUCCUUACUGCGAGCAAAGUGAUGAAUUAUGACAUGGACGGCCCGUCUCUGACCCUCCAGGACGGAUCCACUUUCGGGGGAGACUUGAUAGUAGCGGCUGACGGAAUUAACUCUGUUUCCCGUAAAACGAUUCUAGAUGGCGUCGAUAGAGUUCCACUUAGAACAGGAUUCGCGGCUUAUCGGGCAACCGUAGGUGUCGAGAAAAUCAGAGAGGACCCUGCUGUCUCUUGGAUACUGGAGAAGCCAGGCAUGAAUGUCUGGUAA